AUGCAACACGACCCCGUCGUGGACAUGGAGCGCACUUCCAAGUCAAACCCUGGCCCAAAAUCCUCCACUUCCACCACCAAGUCCCUAGGCAGCAAUUCCCAACAAGAGCGGCAGAAAGAUCCCCAGCAGUUCGGGCGAAACCCCAGGAAGAACAAGCCAAAUCCGCAGAAGUAUCAGUCAUGUCACGAUAAGCGUCCACAAACCAGAGGAUAUACCUGCAACACGGAAACGUAUCGAGGAAAAACGGCGUAUGAAGCGAGUUCAGGUUACAGCGCCUUCUGCGACGAGAAGAAACAGAAGAAGGUGAACUUGAACCACUUGCUGAAUUUCACCUACCAAGCCGCAGCCCAGACUUCAAGCACGAGCAUUUCCCAUGGAAGGCGCCAUCAGCAUAAGACCUACUUACCGCGAUACAAUAAGGAAUUGUAUCUUCAAGCCACGUGUCAAUUCAUCGUCAAACAGACCGGCGAUUACACCAUACACUCCGUCGAUCCGGAUCAUCCCGUUGAAUGGGAUUUAAUCGAACAAGUGAGGUUGAACAGCCCUCAGGUGCCCAGCUGCCCGAUAUGCCUCUAUCCGCCAACGGCAGGAAAGAUCGCCAAGUGCGGCCACGUGUUUUGCUAUUCUUGCAUCCUUCACUAUUUGGCGUUGUCUGACAAACCAUGGCGCAAGUGUCCCAUCUGCUACGACCCAGUGGACCGUAACACGCUCCGCAGCCUGACCGCCGUCGGCUUGAAGGAGUACAAUGUCGGCGAUGAAAUUUGCCUCCGUCUCUUGCGUCGCGAGAAAAAUUCCGUCAAUAUUCAUCCAGUCGAAAACUACGGCGGAGAAACUGAUGCGCCUUGGACAAUUGAGACAGAUGCGCCGAGACAGAUGUAUGCGAAAGUGCUGACUGCUUCCCCGGAACAGGUGUUGGAAGGUAUUGUAUUGCCGGAGCAGGACGAACUGAUGAAACAAAUGGAGGACAAUAAGGAUGAGCCAGAAAAAUGUUUCAUUGAGGAAGCGUUGCAGUUGGUUGAGAAACGAAUCGAAGGAUUGAUUGCGGAGAAGAAUAUCUUCCUACCGCUAUUGAAGGAGAAUACUCGCAAAUCAAGUUCGGAACAAGCUGAAGUUUGGGAAUCCAUAGUCGUAUCUCCAGAGGUUGAAACUGUGGUUUACUCAUCUGCCUUUGAUGAAACGCUGGAGGAAGAUGGUGCGAAUAGGCAGAGGAAUAUCAGUGAGAGCAGUGCUGGGCUGGAUUCUAACCCAGAUUCAACCGUGACUGUUGAUGAUAUCGAAGCGCCAACGCCAAGAAAGGAUGAUAAAAUCUGUGCGCAGAGCGGUGCUCGUUCCAAGAUUCCGAAAACGACCCACUACUUCUAUCAAUGUGCCGAUGGUCAGAACGUGUACAUGCAUUCGGUUAAUAUCCAAAUGCUCAUUGAAGAAUACGGCUCUUUGGAGAACUGCCCGCCGGUCAUAAAAGUAAAAAUCGUAGAACUCGAACCAGCAACCAUGCACUCUGAUCUACGAGCAAAACUUCGCUAUCUGCAACACCUGCCCAUUUCCGCCCAAUUUCAAAUCGCGGAAGUGAAGCUGGGAAGGCUUGUUAGUCGGGAAACGUUUGACUUGUUCCGAGAAAAGUUGUACGAACGCGAAAAGCGUCGUGCGAAGCGGGCGAGGAGUGAGCGCCUGCGGGAGCAACGUAUUCGAAAUCAAGAGGCGCAGAGUUACGAGAGGAGCACUGGGUUCACGUACUCUAUGCACGAGUCCUUCUCCGAGCCGCUUUUGCCGCCGACCAAUUUUGACGAGGACUUCGCGCCGCUGCCGUCUGCCGAGUCGCCCGAGAAGUUCAUGGGGCGGCAGGCCGAAGCAGCCGCCCCUGAUGGACUCUCAUUCGCUGCUAUGUUGAAAGAAGGUAAGAAACAGCCUACGACUAAUGUUCCGACACUGGAAACGCCGAAGCCAAGUGGCAUUCUGACUCUGCGCCGACGUCCAGUCACCGGCUCUGACGAGGAUGAUGUAGACAUGCCGGCGCCUCUGUACAGAGAGUCCUUGGGAGACGCCAUUGCAAUUGCCAUGGAGCGAGCGAAUUUCCUGAAGAAACCUGUCGACGAGAAAGCUGAUGGUCGAAAGGCAGCAGAAGAAGGGAAGUCGAAGAAGAAGAAAAACAACAAAGGCGUGAUGCUGUUUCAAACCAGCAUGGCGAGAGGUUCUGGAAAGUAGUUUAUGCAGUUACACGAAAAUGGAUGUCACGCGUACUGAACAACAAUAGAAAAGAAGGAAAAAAUCCCGAAAGAGACACGAAAAUCGGGAUGUGUGUACGAGUAUGUAAGGAAUGGUUCAACGGGAAAUAACCGAAGCUUGAGGAAGGAAGAAAAAAAAAAGGAAGAAACGAAGACUUGGGUUGCGUGCUUGCUUCUUGUCUGUCCAUCAUUUGUUUGUGGCUCAACCUGGGAUUACAAUCCCGAACGCGCGUGUGCUUAGCGAUCGAUGUCGAAAACGCAAAGAACAUCCUGCGGUUGCUUCGGGAAAAUUGUUUUUUACACGGGUUGGGGAUCGCCUGUACUUGUUUUGGUGGCAUUUUUCUUGCUAGGAUUAAUAGCUCUUUUCCACCAUUACGACCUCUCUUAUAUUUUUGAUUUAUUUUUAAUGAGUAUAACUGUGAUAGGAACAAAAUUACCUCGUCCUGUGCGAUAUUCAUCAGUAUCCCUCCAUUCCUCUAGGAUUUUAAAAUUCGAACUUCAAUCUCUGAAUGAACUCGGCGCAGCAAAAUUGAAAGGGGCUGGUCGGAAGUUCUUGAUUAAAUUUUUUAUGCGAGCAUGAUCACGUUAGGCAUGCUUUUCACGUAAAUGUGCUUAUUUCUUCGGCGUCUGAAAAGCGCGGAGAAAAAAGCUUGAAAUAACUGGUAAUGGAAAUUAGGAAAACUUGUUUGAGGAAGGAACAUUUUUCAUGUUUCAUCGAGUUUCUAUGACCUCAAUGCUCUCACCGUAGUCCAUGAAAAUUAUUUCAUAAAGCAAAUUUGUAUCUAAACCUGCGUAGUUUAUUCUGGAAAAAAUUUCUUUAUUUCUUGCUUCUCUUGUGAGAAUUAGUUAAGUUUCAAUUUACUCUCGAGAGGUCGUCUUAGCGGAUAAGAAACAAGUUUUAAUCCUCCUAUCUGACUUAGUCCCUCCAGUGUGGGAGGUGAAACCGUGGUGACGCGUUUUAUGACGGGGUUGUUGGUUGCUUUUUAUGCCGCGACUGAGGCUUCCGAUGGAUUUUGCGGGCCUUGGGGAAGCCGAACAUGCUCAUUUUUGCUCCUCGGCAUGAUGAUUGGUUCCGGUUGGUAGUUAGCUAUUUUUCCGUUCCGGUUUUUGAGUUUCUCUGGACCCCUUGCGGUAUGGUGUAUUACUAUCGCGGUGGAAGAGAAAGAGAGAAAAAAAAGAGAAAAUGAUGAGAGCGUUGA